AUGGUGGUGGAUGUCAUUGAAAGGGUUCUCAAAGACCUUAGUGUUCGUGAUUUACUUUCGGCACUUCUAGUUAACCGAGAAUGGAGUCAAGCCGCCGUUCCAUUGUAUUGGAAAGCUCCGUUCAGUCAUACAAAGAAAAGAAGUAUGCUCGCACUCAAGGUUUAUGAAUCGUUUCUUGAACAAGAAAGCGGAUCGGCAGGAAAAUCUACAAUUCAUAAAAAUCAACCACUUUACGAUUAUCCCAUUUUUCUCAAGGAACUCAAUUAUACAAACCUACUUGCGUGCGAAGAAACCUAUGGAAGGGCCAGAAAAGUUGAAGCAAUACUUCGAAUGUUAACAAAUCGAGAAGUUCGUCUUAACACUUUUAUUAUGGAAAAUACCGGUGCAAAUAACGAAAGAGUUUAUGGAUUAUGGACGAAUCAAUGUUAUGCAUCAAUAUUCAGUACUUUAGUUCACGUCGAAAUACACACGCCUUUUCCAAAAAAUAAUGUCAUGAAGGCAUUAAAGGAAAAUUGCGCUAAACUUGUAAGUUAUUUUCUAAAUGAAGUUUUGAAACACUACUAUGCACUUUCCGAAAGGAAUUAUAUUAUUGAAAUUUGUCAUCAUUGGAGUGUGUGUUUGUCUCAUAUUGAUAUCAAUCUUCAUGAUACUUCUGUUGAGCGUGCCAAAGAGUCGCUCAAUUAUCUUGAAGAACUCAUUACCGUCCAGAAAUGCCCAAUAAGUCUUCGGUUGGUAUUUCCAAACGGAACUGGGAAAAUUCUAGUCGAGAAAUUAAGUUCAAGACUUGAAUCCUUCAAACGUCUUGAACUCGUAAAAUGGAACUUUAACGGAUGUUAUUGGGGAUGGUUGAAAAAAUGCCCUAAUUUAACCGAAUUUGCAAUAACAGACCCACCUCCAACUCAGGUUACUAGCACUUUGGGAUUUAAUUUUGAAAAUUACCGUUUAAAAAUGUCGAAAAAUUCAAAAGUUGUAACUGCACAUUGGCAUUUCGACAAAGGUGACAAAAUUUCUUCAAAGUUUUAUUUUCACCCAGAUAAAACUUUGAUGGAACCGUAUGAUGAAAAACCUCCAGUUGUGAUCCAACCUCGAGUAGUCCGCAAGAUUGAUAGUGCUAAAAAACAUCAAUAUAUGUUGGAAAACUUAUUAAAACGUUUGGAUUCAGAAUUUUCAGACGACGCUGAUAAUGGUACCGAUUACGAUGAUUUUGAUUUUGAGGAUCAUUUUGGUUGCACUCCUGAGCAAUGGUAUAAUUGCUAUGAUCCAAGUGAUUGA